UGCGGGCGAGCCAGGGCGCCGCGGCCUCCCGACCCCUUUCCCAGAGGUGAACACCUGGAACCAGGAGCCCGGGCGCCUGAGUCUGCACGCCGCGGGGAGCCCCGACCGCCGGCCUCCCCGCCAUCCGCGCGCCCCAAAGCCCAGAGGGCGAGGCCCCGGGCGCCCCGCAGCAGCCGCCGCGCCAUGCUCCACCUUAGCGAGUUUUCCGGCCCCGACGCGCUGUUCGUCAAGUCCACCGAGGGCUGUUGCGCUGAACCCAGCACUGAACUGCCCCGACUGCCUGCCAGGGACACUCCCGCGGCCGCCGGCUACCCUGGAGCAGGCGACUUCUUGAGCUGGGCUUUGAGCAGCUGCGGCGCCGGGGGAGACUUAGCCGACUCCUGCCUCCUGGAUGGCCCUGAGCCCACGCCCCCUCCUGGCCUCAGCUACAGCGGUAGCUUCUUGAUUCAGGCAGUACCCGAACACCCGCACGACCCGGAGGCACUCUUCAACCUCAUGUCGGGCAUUUUAGGCCUGGCACCCUUCCCUGGCCCUGAGGCGGCAGCAUCGCGGCCCCCGCUGGAUGCCCCUUUUCCCGCCAGCCCCGACGCCUUGCUGCCGGGUCCGCCGGACCUUUACUCCCCGGAUCUGGGCGCUGCCGCCUUCUCAGAGGCGUUCUGGGAGGCCUCGCCUUCCGCGGGCGCCCCCUCGCAAUGCCUGUAUGAACCUCAGCUCUCCCCGCCCGACGUCAAGCCGGGCCUCCGGGCUCCUCCGGUCUCUCCAGCGCUGGACGCUGCCUCGGCCUUCAAGGGUCCCUAUGCACCCUGGGAGCUGCUUUCUGUUGGGGCUCCAGGGAACUGCGGGUCACAGGGAGUCUACCAGGCCGCCCCCGAGGCUCGUUUUCCCUCGAUGGGGACCAAGAUUGAGGACCUGCUGUCCAUCAGCUGCCCCGCGGAGUUGCCGGCCGGCCCAGCCAACAGACUAUACCCCAACGGGGCCUACGACGCUUUUCCGCUGGCCCCAGGUGACUUGGGGGAAGGGGCCGAGGGCCUCCCGGGGCUCCUGACCUCUCCUAGUGGGGAGGGAGGGAGUAGCGGCGACGGUGGAGAGUUUCUGGCAGGUACGCAGCCUCAGCUUUCCCCGCUGGGCCUUUGCAGCGCAGCCGCGGCGGACUUCCCGAAACCUCUGGUGGCGGACAUCCCUGGGAGCAGUGGCGUGGCUGUGCCACCCGUGCCGCCGCCGCCAACCCCUUUCCCUCCGACCAAGGCGCGGCGCAAGGGGCGCCGAGGCGGCAAGUGCAGCGCGCGCUGCUUCUGCCCGCGGCCGCACGCCAAGGCCUUCGCUUGCCCGGUGGAGAGUUGUGUGCGCAGCUUUGCGCGCUCCGACGAGCUCAACCGCCACUUGCGCAUCCACACGGGCCACAAGCCUUUCCAGUGCCGCAUCUGCCUCCGUAACUUCAGCCGCAGCGACCACCUCACCACGCACGUGCGCACCCACACCGGCGAGAAGCCGUUUGCUUGCGACGUGUGCGGCCGCCGCUUCGCGCGCAGCGAUGAGAAGAAACGGCACAGCAAGGUUCACCUCAAGCAGAAGGCGCGCGCCGAGGAGCGGCUGAAGGGCCUAGGCUUUUACUCGCUGGGUCUCUCCUUCCCUGCCCUGUGAGCAGGAGAUGGGUUUGUAGGUUGGAGCGCCGCCGCCCGGCGCGCACAACAUCUGGCCCGUUCCCCUCCCUGCUCUUCUUCCCACCUCUUUCUCGCACGCCCGGGGGCCGGCCUUCGGUCCAGCUUCCAAUUCUCUUGAAGCGCCCGCCAAACACGCCCAGUUCAGCACCAGCUCCGCGGACAGCUCCCGCGGUCCGAGUGCUCUCUCCCUUAGUCGCGCUUUGAGGGAAGUCUUCUCACGCCACCCACUGAGUAGGCACUUCCUUGGGACCCAAGACAGUCUUUUGUAACUGGCGUACGCCCCACGUCCUCCUCUAUACCCCCACGUGCCCCCACCCCCCACCAGAGACAGGCUGGGGCAGCGCCGAGCCGGUCUCGCGCGGGACUUUGUAUAGCAGUGUCGUUUCCAGCAGCCAUUGAUGUAACGUUCUGCUUUGGGGUUAUUUCCUUUUUGUUGUUGUUAAUUUUUGUAAAGCAGACCCUACUCUUAAGCAGUUGACAAAACUGUUUAUUUUUGCAAUUAAAAUUAUCGUGCUAAAAGCUUA